CUGACUCUGAAAGUCUUUGCAGUGAGUCAUGGGCUGUUCAAGAAUUCUGACAUGGACACUGAGUGUCCUCCUGAGCUGGAUCUGUGUGGAUCAAGCGGUGGCUGAACCGCAGUACCUGGUGGCCAUUCCUGCAGUUAUAGAAGCUGGAGCUGAGACCAAAUUUUGUGCAAGUCUUCUGCAGCCCAGUGAGACUGUGGUCAUGACUGUCACUUUGAUGUCCAGAGAGGAGAAUACAACCCUGCUCACCCAUACAUCCAAUGAAGAGUUUCAUACUUGUACUCAGUUUAAGGCUCCUUCAGUGGAAGGAGAAAAGAUUCUGGAUUUUGAGGUGGAGGUAAGAGGAGACACAUUUCACUCAAAAGAAGUGAGAAAAGUCAUGAUCAAAGCCUACAAGGCCAGGACAUUCAUCCAGACGGAUAAACCCCUCUACCUCCCUGGACAAACAGUGCAUUUCAGAGUUGUUGCGCUGGACUCCAAGUUGAGACCUGUCAGUCAGCUGUGCAACAUCAUUGAACUCGAGAAUCCCAAUAGAAACAGGAUUGGACAAUGGUUAAAUGAAACAUCCAAUAAUAAAAUAUUGCAGCUUUCAUACUCCUUGAACUCUGAGGCCCAUGAAGGAACGUACAAAAUAAUAGUGUCUGUGGGUGAAGAUAAAUUUGUUCACAAAUUCAAGGUGGAAAAGUAUGUUUUACCCAAAUUUGACAUAACAGUAAAUGUAUCUGAAGAAGUGAGUAUUGGCCAGGAAGAAGUUGAUAUUAAAUUAUGUGCAAAGUACACAUUUGGACAGCCUGUUCCAGGAAGUAUUACAGUUACGAUGUGCCGACUUCUUGAACGCUCUAUUGCCUCUGCUAAGAAACACACAAUAGAGGCGCCCUGCCACACAGAGACCAAACGGGCUGAUGGAACAGGCUGUGCAGCUGUUACGUUCAAGAUGUCAAUAUUCACCAAAAUUAACAAAAAAUUCCUUAAAGAUCAGCUGAAUGUCAUUGCCAAAAUGGAAGAGGAGGGAACAGGCAUUUCACGCAAACAAGAAAUGAAAAUAAGAAUUUCUUUUGUCCUUGGAAAAGCGUCUUUUGUUGAUGUUCCCAAGAUUUGGGAACCAGGAUCAAAUGUGGAGGGAAAAGUUAAAGCAGUAUACUACAAUGAUACGCACAUUUCCAAAGUACCUGUGUACCUGUUUGUGGGAGAACGUUGGUCGGAACGCUUACUAGAAAAUCUAACAACUGACAGCAACGGUGUCGCUGAGUUUUCAUUCAGCACAGAUAACUUUCAUGAGGAUAUUAAACUCAGUGCAGCCCUGACACCAACCCUAUACUUCCAAAGAUAUAGAACUCCUUUUUAUGAUUUAGGAUAUCACACUGUGUAUACAUCCCAACCUCCUCAAGAUGAAAAAACAUUCAGCUCGCUGAAGCUGAAGAUGAAGGAUAAACCCCUUUCCUGCGAUGCAGAAGAGGAUAUAUCUAUUCAGUACACUAUAGUGAGGGAAACUGCAGUUAACAUGGAUGUGGUAUAUCUGGUGUUGUCCAGAGGAGCCAUUGUCAUGCAAGGAUUUAAACAGAUUAAAUUUAAAGAUCAGUCAGUGAAUGAGGGUGAGGUGUCCUUUAAAUUGAGAAUUUCUACUGACAUGGCACCAGUCGUCCAGAUUGUAGCAUAUGUUGUACUUUCCAGUACGAACGUGAUUGCCCACAGCGCUGACUUCUCUACUGAGAAAUGCUUCAGUCACAAGGUGUCAUUGGAUUUCACACCUUCUUCAACUGUCCCAGGAGAAAAAACAAACAUGGAGGUGACGGCGCUUCCACACUCUUUGUGUGGUUUAAGUGCCAUUGACAAGAGUGUCCUCAUCAAAGAGCCUGAUAAUAUUCUGGAUGCAGAUAAGAUAUUUAACUUGCUGCCUGUCAUGAAAGCAUCUUAUUUCCCAUAUCGGCUACAAGAACCAAGAAAAUGCUUGAAAGUGAGAACAAGAAGAUAUAGUUCACCUAUAGAAGAUAAUGAAGCCUACAUUGAUUUUCAGAGAGUAGGAUUAAAGGUGGCAACAAACCUGCUGCUCGAAAUUCCUUCAUGUCUGAGUUUCAUGGGAAGAGAAUACCGCUUCAUUCCCUCAGCAGUAGGUUCCUCUGGAGGAUCUUUAGGUCCAUCAGAAGGACCAAUGAAAACUGUCCGUGCUUUCUUCCCCGAGACUUGGAUUUGGGACCUGGUGGAAGUUGGAGAGUCUGGAUCAAAGGACGUGUCCCUCACUGUCCCUGACACCAUCACGACCUGGGAGACAGAGGCUUUCUGCUUGUCCUCUCAGGGUUUUGGUUUGGCUCCUCGUCAAGAAGUUGAGGUCUUCCAGCCCUUCUUCCUCGAGCUCACCAUGCCCCACUCCAUCAUCCGUGGGGAGCACUUUGAACUGAAGGCAACUGUUUUCAACUACCUGACCAGCUGCAUCAUGGUCACAGUCUUUGCUACGCCUUCUUCAGAUUAUACCCUCACCCCUCUUUCCGGUGAGCAGUACACAUCCUGUUUGUGUGCUAAGGAGCGCAAGACUGUGAGCUGGACCAUGAUUCCAACAGUUUUAGGGGCUGUGAAUGUAACUGUGUCUGCUGAGGCAGUGCCAUCCCAUGUUUCAUGUGAUAAUGAGGUUGUGAGAGUACCAGAGAGGGGCCGCAUUGAUGUGGUCACAAAAUCCUUCAUAGUAAAGGCUGAGGGGACUGAGAUGACAAAGACAUCCAACUGGCUGCUUUGUCCAAAAGGAGACACACUGACAGAGGAAACCGAGAUACAGCUGCCUGAGAAUGUGAUUGAAGGAUCUGCCCGCACUUUUGUAUCAGUCCUGGGUAAACCUGUGUCAUUGGAUUUCACACCUUCUUCAACUGUCCCAGGAGAAAAAACAAACAUGGAGGUGACGGCGCUUCCACACUCUUUGUGUGGUUUAAGUGCCAUUGACAAGAGUGUCCUCAUCAAAGAGCCUGAUAAUAUUCUGGAUGCAGAUAAGAUAUUUAACUUGCUGCCUGUCAUGAAAGCAUCUUAUUUCCCAUAUCGGCUACAAGAACCAAGAAAAUGCUUGAAAGUGAGAACAAGAAGAUAUAGUUCACCUAUAGAAGAUAAUGAAGCCUACAUUGAUUUUCAGAGAGUAGGAUUAAAGGUGGCAACAAACCUGCUGCUCGAAAUUCCUUCAUGUCUGAGUUUCAUGGGAAGAGAAUACCGCUUCAUUCCCUCAGCAGUAGGUUCCUCUGGAGGAUCUUUAGGUCCAUCAGAAGGACCAAUGAAAACUGUCCGUGCUUUCUUCCCCGAGACUUGGAUUUGGGACCUGGUGGAAGUUGGAGAGUCUGGAUCAAAGGACGUGUCCCUCACUGUCCCUGACACCAUCACGACCUGGGAGACAGAGGCUUUCUGCUUGUCCUCUCAGGGUUUUGGUUUGGCUCCUCGUCAAGAAGUUGAGGUCUUCCAGCCCUUCUUCCUCGAGCUCACCAUGCCCCACUCCAUCAUCCGUGGGGAGCACUUUGAACUGAAGGCAACUGUUUUCAACUACCUGACCAGCUGCAUCAUGGUCACAGUCUUUGCUACGCCUUCUUCAGAUUAUACCCUCACCCCUCUUUCCGGUGAGCAGUACACAUCCUGUUUGUGUGCUAAGGAGCGCAAGACUGUGAGCUGGACCAUGAUUCCAACAGUUUUAGGGGCUGUGAAUGUAACUGUGUCUGCUGAGGCAGUGCCAUCCCAUGUUUCAUGUGAUAAUGAGGUUGUGAGAGUACCAGAGAGGGGCCGCAUUGAUGUGGUCACAAAAUCCUUCAUAGUAAAGGCUGAGGGGACUGAGAUGACAAAGACAUCCAACUGGCUGCUUUGUCCAAAAGGAGACACACUGACAGAGGAAACCGAGAUACAGCUGCCUGAGAAUGUGAUUGAAGGAUCUGCCCGCACUUUUGUAUCAGUCCUGGGUGACAUCCUCGGCCGGGCUCUGAAGAACUUGGAUGGACUGCUCCGGAUGCCAUAUGGAUGUGGAGAGCAGAACAUGGCUCUUCUAGCCCCCAACAUCUACAUCCUCCAGUACCUGAAAGGCACACAGCAGCUCACCCCAGCCAUCAUGGAAAAAGCUGCAAACUUCCUGACCAGUGGUUACCAAAGACAGCUGAACUACAAAAGUACUGAAGGCGCAUACACCACAUUUGGAAGAGGACCAGGAAACACUUGGCUGACUGCUUUUGUGAUGAGAAGUUUUGCCAAAGCUCAGUCUUUUGUCUACAUUGAUCCAAAAAUCAUUCAAGAGUCUAAGACAUGGCUGGAAAAUAAACAACAAGCAAAUGGCUGUUUUAAAAAGUCAGGCAAACUCUUCAACAACAGAAUGAAGGGUGGUGUGUCUGAUGAAGUGACUCUCAGUGCAUACAUCACUGCUGCUUUCUUGGAAAUGAAUAUAUCCAAACAUGAUCCUGUGGUGAAUAAUAGCUUGGCUUGUCUCAGGGCGUCCAUCAAUGACCUCAGCAACACCUACACUACAGCUCUGCUGGCCUAUGUCUUCACCCUGGCAGGAGACACGGAGACACGCGCUCACCUUUUGCAGCACUUAGACACAGUUGCAGUGAGGGAAGGAGGUUUCCUGUACUGGUCUCAGACAGCAGCAGAAACAUCAGCCUCCCUGUCAGUGGAAAUCAGUUCUUAUGUGCUGUUGGCCAAACUCAGUGCCUCCGCAACUGCUGACGACCUGGGUUAUACCUCUGGCAUUAUUAGGUGGCUGACUGGCCAGCAGAACUACUAUGGAGGCUUCUCCUCCACUCAGGACACAGUGGCGGCUCUUCAGGCUCUCGCUCUCUACUCCACUCUGGUAUUCAGUCCUGAGGGUUCAAGCACAGUGACAGUUCAGUCUGACAGCAGUCAGCUGACAUUUGAUGUAAAUCCGGGCAACAAACUGCUCUACCAGGAGGAGACGAUGCAGGUCGUGUCAGGAAAAUACAGCCUGGAGGUGAAGGGCACUACAUGUGUGUCAGUGCAGAUUUCUGUUCACUACAACAUCCCGAGUCCCACUGAUGUCACUACUCUCAGCGUGGAGGUCAAAUCAGAAGUUGAUCCAACAAGUGAAUAUAGACGCAAGCUCACUCUGACAAUAAAAUCCCUGUACAGUGGAAAGGAGAAUACUACCAACAUGGUGAUCCUGGAUAUCAAAAUGCUCUCUGGAUUUGUCCCAAAUGAAGUGUCUUUAAAGAUGCUCAAAGGUGCCCCAUUGGUGGAUCGUGUUGAACAAACAGAAGAUCAUGUUCUGGUGUAUUUACAGGAGUUACCAAAGGACAUACCCAUGAACUACAGCUUGACAAUCAUAGAAGAACUUCGAGUGGAGAACCUGAAACCAGCCAUGAUCAAAAUCUAUGACUACUACCAGCCAAGUGACCAGGCUGAGACUGAAUACAUUUACCCAUCAGCUGCAGCUUAAAGAUGUGCAGUCAGUCCUGAGGGCCUCACUCAAGUUAUACAACUUGGAUUUUAAUAAAGAUGCUUUUUAAACACAA